AUGCUGCGCUGUACAAUCCCUCGAGCUCUCGCCAGCAUCCCUUGUCGCUCGUGCAUCGUGCUGCCUCAGCAAUGGACCCGCAGCAUCGACACAUUUCGGCCGACGUCGCCCGUGUCCUCCGACGCGCCAACGACGCGACGAGACGAGUCCCUCGGCUACGUGCAAGAUCAACGCCAUCUCCGCCGAGAGAACUGCCACAUCUGUCUGGCCGAGCAGAGCCGCGAGCAGCUGGCGGCGAUGCCUAUCGUGCGCAAGGGCCGCGGCCUCUACGUCAUGGGCACGACGUGCGACGCCUGCUGGGCCGUCCUCUACGAGAAGGCGCAGCAGACGCAGGCCGAGACGUUCGCCCGGAACCAAGCCCGCAAAGCGCGGUCCGACGCCAUGCUCGAUGCCGUGCGCGCGAUUGACGCCUUCGAGGCCGUCCCCAUCAGAUACGCGUCGGAGAAGCUCGCCCGGUCGAGCGUUGGGCGACGGGGCAAUUCGCUCGAGUGGCAUCGCCGCCAUCUCGUCUCGUCAGCCUCGCGCCUGGGGGCUCUUUUGCAGAUCGCCAAGGUGCGGAACCGGUAUCAGUGCAACAAGCUGCGUGUUGAUGCCAUGGAUUUCGAGGCGUGGUAUCCGUAUGCACCGGAGCGGGGAGUCAAGUACACCAGCAUCUGA